CGUAAGAAACCGGAUCACCCAAUUCAAGAUUUUGAAACUCAAAACCCCCAAAAUCCAAACUCAUCAUAAACCCUAAAACUUUUUCUCAUCUUCUCUACUGAUUCAAUCCUGUUAUCAUCGAUAGAAAUGAUCGUCACUGGGUACGAAUUUUUCUAGAAUCUUCAAGCUUUCGUUACCAGUUUCCGAUAAAAAAUGGACCCAAUUGCUUCGGUGUUGGAGAAAGUGAAGAGCUUUACGAAAUCGAGCCAGGAUUUAGUCUCCCGCCAUUUCGGCUUCCACGAGAAUCCUUCUCGCCAGAAUCCGAUUGAUAUCUUAAAGAGAUUACAAAGAGAAGCAUUCUCGGAUUUGAUGAAACUUAGAGAUAGACAAGAGAAAGUUGAGCGGAUUAUUUCCUCGCAGAAAUUAUCAAAAUCAGGUCCGUUUCAAGAGACUAGCACUCAUGUGAGAGGUGAGGUUGAUGUGCUUGGAGCUAUAUUGCUGAUGGGAAACACUGACGACGAAAGUUUCAAUGGACUCCAUAAAGAAGGUGUGAGACCUGGAUUACUCUCAAGGUUUGUGUUUGAAACGAGUCUUAGGGAGACAGAUAGGCUUGUGGCUGAGCUUGUUGCUGGAUACAAAGGGGAAGGAAAUCACUGUGAUUUUUCUGGGAGAGAGUUGUCUUUAGCCAAAGUCUUCUACGAGGCAGAUAUUAAUGAUUGGUUCUCCGCUGUUGCUAUUCCUGUUGGUGCGCAUUUCAGAGACAUUGAGGCUUCUACUGUGUCUUCUUACCAGGGAAUGAGUCUUACAGAAGUUUCUGAACUUGGACCACCUCUUUUAAACCAACACAAUGGUAGCGCCAUAGGGUUAAUAGUCAGAAAGUCAAACAUCACAGCUUCACUAGCCCAAUCCAUGUCGAACGUUGAAGUUGAACAGGGUGCACCAAAUCGUGGUUUCAGAACAUUUGGGCAAGUAACCUGCCACAUUCUCAGAAGUUUAAAGAUAUCUCUAUUGGGCUGUCACCAAGUUUUAACACCAUCUAGCAACCUCCAUUCUGUUGGAGCCAUUACACUUCCAGUAAGUUUCCUAAGGCGCCAUACUGCUACGGAGCCUGAACCACCAGCACCGCCUCUGGAGAUGAGUAGAAGCAUGAAUCAUGUGUUGUCUAGUGCCAUUGCUUUGAAGUUAGACUCUCUAAUGGACGAGUCUACAAAACUUGGGGGAUGGAUUGAAAUUCAGAACUCAAGAGAAAAGCAAGUAAAAUGGUCAGUGUCUAUUACAGACAACCCAGAGGAUGAAGUGGGCUGGGGCAUGAGUGUUGGGGGAGUCGUCGAUAGUUCAAGAAAUCAUGAUCGGUUUCAGGUGGAAUCGUAUCUGAAAUUCAACAUAGGCGAUCGGUUUAGCUUAAGACCAGGUCUUGUUUAUCACACAAACAGUAACGGAAGAACCAUAGGUCUUAUGCUACAGUCUCACUGGUCGCUGUGAUCUCAAGGUUACUCAAUACAUGUACAUUGAUGGUUCUAAAUACCACUGACUGCAUUUUGAGAUUUUUGUGUCCAAUGCAAUCUAUUUGUCUGAAAAUAUAUUAUGCAGUAGCCAUUUUUUGUGAUUGAUCUAAUAUGCUUAGGGAGAAGUAAAAUAACUGAAGAUUGAUCUA